GUUUCCCCCCGGAUCAUAAUACGAACGGACCGCCACAGUUUUGCUCGAAAGACGUUGAAAAUUAAUUCACCUAACAACGCGGUUUUUCUGUUACUGACCUGACAGGACGUGAUUUUUACACCAUGAACUCAGAUGCAGCUUUAUUGUUAGAAACUGUCCAAUUUGCCGCAGAGAAACACCGCAACCAGAAACGUAAAGAUCCAGAGGAAACGCCGUAUAUAAAUCACCCCAUAGGAGUGGCGAGAAUCCUCAGCCACGAAGGGGGCGUCACAGACAUCGAGGUUUUGCAGGCCGCCCUGCUUCAUGAUACAGUAGAAGACACCGACACCACCCCCGCAGAGCUGGAAGCUAAAUUUGGGGUAACCGUGGCUCGCAUUGUUCAGGAGGUGACGGAUGACAAGAGCCUGCCCAAGCAGGAGAGGAAGCGUCUACAGGUGGAACACGCACCUCACUGCAGCCAACAGGCCAAGCUGGUUAAACUGGCUGAUAAACUGUACAACCUGAGGGAUCUGAACCGCUGCACUCCUGUUGGUUGGACAGCUGAGCGGGUGCAGGAGUAUUUCCUGUGGGCCUCUGAGGUGGUGAAAGGCCUGAAAGGAACCAAUUCAGCUCUGGAGAAGAAGCUGGAGGAACUCUUUAAAGAGAGAGGAGUCCAGCUCUGACAGCAGGGCCACAACACAGUGGAGAAAUGCAAAUAAAAUGCUUUUUAGUUUGUAAAUAUUCAAAAUAAAUCAAAUUGAAUUUA